GCGGAGCUGAGGCGGGCUGAGGUGAGCGCCCGCUCCUCUCCCGACGGCGCUCUCCCUCCUGAGGGGAUCGGGGAGGGGGGCGGCGUUCCCGCUCCCUGCGCGCCCUCUACAAACCGCCCGCCCGCCCGCGCCGGGGCGGGGGGAGCGGGGGCGGGAAGGGGCUUCGUGCGCCUCCACGUCUUCCUUCCCUCUUCUCCCGCCGCGGCGCCGUGCCGCGGGGAAACUCCUCGGGUGAGUCACCGGGAGCCGCGGGAAACGCUGCUGCCGCCCGUUGGGAAGAACCCCCCGUGCCGGGGCGGCCUCGCCGGGGAAAGGCGAGGCGUCGGGCGGCCCCUUGGAGGCCUCGGGAGCGGCUGGUUUCCUUGACGGGGGUUUUUGGAAGCUUCCCCGGCCUCGUCUUGCGUCCCUCGGCAGCUGAGCAUCCCUGGGAGCAGAGAACGAUGGCCUCGCAGGACCAGGUCUGGCCAGUCCCUAUGAAGGCAAUUGGAGCACAAAACCUUCUGACGAUGCCUGGAGGAGUGACCAAAUCAGGGUAUCUUCAUAAAAAAGGAGGCACCCAGCUGCAGAUCUUGAAGUGGCCAUUGAGAUUUGUGAUUAUCCACGAGGGAUGUAUUUACUAUUUUAAGAGCAGCACAUCUGCAUCUCCACAGGGUGCAUUUUCUUUGAAUGGUUACAACAGGGUUAUGCGGGCAGCUGAGGAGACAACAUCAAGCAACGUGUUUCCUUUCAAGUUAGUUCACAUUAGCAAGAAGCACAGGACAUGGUUUUUUUCAGCUUCUUCUGAAGAUGAAAGAAAGAACUGGAUGCUAUCCUUGAGGAGGGAAAUUGAUCACUACCACGAGAAAAAAGAAACAAUAACAGAAUUCAGUGACUCUGGUUCUGAUGCAGACAGUUUCUAUGGCUCAGUUGAACGCCCCAUUGAUAUCAAGUAUUCUCAUCAUUCAGGAGAUAAUGAAGAUUAUGACCAGGAGGAAGAGGAGGAGUCUUACUUGCAGCCAGAUACUUCUGAUAUAGUGAAAGAUGAUAUGGUCCUGCCCCCAGCCUACCCGCCUCCACCAGUUCCUUAUGCCAGAAAAGCUGCCUACUCAGAAUCAAGGACAAAUUCCUUUGCUGGCAAAUCUACUGUGACAGUACCCCCACCGCCUCCUAAAAGGAGCUUACCUGAAAUCAAACUAGAGGAUCUCUUAAACGCGAGAGAAUCCCAGUUACAGUGCCGAGCUGAACCUAAUUUAAAGAUUAAAUCCUCAAGCCGGAGACUAAGUGAACAGCUGCCCCCUGUACCUCCCCUACCUCUUUUUAAAAAGCCCGCGUGUGUCAAAGAAUCUUGCUCACUGCCUCCAGAGCCUCUGCCUUUAGCUCAAGUUCUUGCUACUCCAGAAGGAUGUGAGAAGCUAAAAACCUUAAACCUUUCACCGCGAACUCCUCCUCCACUACCAAGCAAUAAACCCAAGCUGUCACAGUUUACUGAAAAACCAGUAGAGCCCAAAGUGCCAAGAGAACACAGUAAACCUGGACUGUUUGUGCCACCAGUGCUCCCAAAGCCACCUGUGCCAAGCCACCAGCCCCCUGGAAUCAAGCCUAGACCAGAGAAGUCUUCAUGUCCCCAGUUACAGAGAUCACCACCGGAUGGACAGAGUUUUAGAAGCUUCUCAUUUGAAAAACCAGCACUACCAACCAAGCCAAAUGAAUAUGGUGAUGAUUCUGAUGAUGACUAUGAAAAAGUUGGGCUGCCUGCUUCGGUAUUUCUUAAUACCUCUGAAUCCUUUGAAGUUGAAAGGACAUUUAAAGCCAGUAGCCCACAGGGACAACCGCAAAAUGGAUUGUACUGUAUUAGGAACUCAUCUACUAAGCCUGGAAAGGUAUUGGUCGUAUGGGAUGAAUCUGCAGAAAAAGUGAGAAACUACAGAAUCUUUGAAAAGGAUUGCAAGUUUUACUUGGAUUCAGACAUCACGUUUUUGAACAUGGGAAGUUUGGUCGAAUACUACAGCACUCAUGUUUUGCCUAGUCAUGACAGCCUGAUUCUCCGGUGCCCUUAUGGUUACUCUAGACCAAGGUGACGUGACUGGCAUAAUUCAUAGACACUUAGGACAAAUGGGUUCCCUACUGCCCUUGAAUUAAAUAUGGACUCCUGUCACCGUCGGACAUCCCAUUUUUUGCACGUAGAAACUGAGUCUGUUUCAACCAUUUAUUCUCACAUGAAUUGCAUACAAACUCCACUUAAUGAACUCUUGGUAAAACCUUACAAUCCAGAUCAGUGGAUUUUACGGUCUUUUCUUUUUAAAAGAUCUGAACUGAUUAUGCUGUGAAAGCUGUCCAUGAUACCUAUACCUUUAUAAAACUGCUGCUAUUACUGAUCUCCUUGGAAUGUGGAAGAUGGACACAAACAAAGAAGUAGUCUGAAUACAACCAAUACAGAAAAGGAAAACUUCUGAAAGUAUAUCAGAAGUCACUUGUGACAGGGAAUACUAACACACUGACUUGAAGCUGUUACUCCUUAAGUCAGCACUGGUGCUCAACUGAGAGUUUUUGUAUUACUUGUAUAGUUGAUCUGUAAAUAAUGAAGGCUUCUAUGCAAAUAAUUUGUUUUACUAUGGGUAAAGAUGAUCAGGAAAUGUGGCUUUUUUUAAGUCACCUCAUACAUAAAUGUAACUUCUGAUUACAAUGUCUGCAGUAACCACUAUCAGGGUACUACCCCACUGAUAUGGUUGUGGCAUCCCACAUAUUAUUUAAUGAUGUGCACUUCAGAUAGAUGUGGAAUAAUACUGAUUUGGCUUUCAUAGGAGCCCCAUUCGUUAGUUCUGAACUGGAGGGGUAUGUGUCACUAGUAUUUUUAAUGGGUACGAAAAAAGAGAAGGGACCAUAUUCUUAAAUUUUAAUAAAGAGGAGAAAUUUAUUUUAAUGACCUGUUAAGUAAUUCAGUUGAUUCAGAAGAACUGGUACAAUGGUCUCAUACUCUAAUAAUGUUUACAAGACUGGUAAUAAUAAUUAAAAAAAAAAAAAAAUCCUGUCACUUCUGAAAUAGACGGUAUCUAGUUUCUGUGAGUCUGAAUCUGUAUCCAUGAACUUCAUUUUUUCUCUUACCCUUUCAAAGUUUAUACAUGUCAGUUUUAAUCUUAUACUUGAAUGGUCACAACUUCAAAAACAUAAACAAAACCAUUACAGGAUAAGAAUUUUCCAUUUAUGAAAACAAUAAACUAGGAUUUAAUCCUUAAGGGGUUUUCUGUAUUAGACAUGUAAUAUUAGGACUAUACAUAGGAAUCGAGGCAAGAAACUCUGCCUCUAUCUUCACAAGAAACAGACAUAUGCCAUAUCAGCCUUUUGAUCUCUGUUCCUGCUGUAACAGGUUUUAUGUGCAUAAAGAAUAUGCAGCACUUAAAUUUCAGAUUGUUGAAUAUUGGAUAUUUUAAGUUUCUAAUUCCUUUUAUUUUAAAUAAGUAUCCCUGUGGUUCACUACCCUGAUAUGAUCCACUCUGUAAAGAAGGCUCAACCAACAAAGCAUUUAAAGAAUAUUUUUGGCAUAUAGAUACGUGUAUUUCAGAGUAAGUUCUAGUUUCUUGCUGUAUUUACAUACACUGUUUACAGAGUAAAUUUUUCUCUAUCUGGGAAUAAUUGACUUCAAUGUGUCAUGAUGGUCAUAUUUAACUUUGGGGCCCUAUUCAGGUUUGUGGGUUUUUUUUAUUGCAACCAUAUACUCUUAAGAUUUUUUUUUUAAACUGUAAAAAUACUUAUAUAAUCUAAUCGAUAUAAAAAUAACACUGUCUUUGCCUGUGUAAUACAAGAUUUGCAAAUAUGUAAAUUUUUGUGUUGAUUUCCUUUUUUAUAUAAAUGUAUAUAUUUCUGAAGUGGAUAAACUUUCAA